GUUAGUGUGGUCAGUGUCAGCAAGAUGCCUAUAACAUUAAAAAUCGUCAGUGUUGGGAGAAUCUGAAUGGAAAAAUAGGACUUGGAUUAAGAUAAAUGCCAGGCCCAGAAGUGAAAAUUAUAAUGGUUUUCCCGAUUGACGUCUAAGAAAGGGAGUCCGGUUUAAACAAAUAUGGAUUUGAUGCCAUCUGAGGUCGCGCGCCUAGUGCUAGGCUAUCUGAAGGAGGCUGGCUGCGAGACUGCAUGGCGGUCCUUUUUGAACGAGUCGGCCGACCUGGCGGAGGUGCGGAGCCUGCAGGCGCGCGGCCGAGCGGUGCCCUGCGGCGUGCAGGGCCUGUCACUGCUCCAGACACUGGAACAGUACUCAACAGCCCGUUCGCUCGUGCAAGAUGCCCGUUUGGGGAGUGGUGGUCCAUCGGAUCCGUCGCCGCCGCCCACCUCCUUCCUGGAGAAGCUGAGACAUCUCAUCGUGCUCGCAUCGCUGGAGCGGCUCAAGGCGGUUCCCCAGGACCCUCCACCGCCGAACCGCAAACGGACGAUCAGCCUGCGCUCGACGCGGCGCCAGAAGCAGCAGGAGCGGCUGCAGGACAUCUCCCACCUGGCGCCGGGACCGACGGCGCCCAUCGUGACGCCCGGCGGCCCGCUCAUCUCGCUCGGGCCCGAGGAGAUGAUGAUGGGUUUUCCGCGCGUGCGCGACGUGCACCAGCCAGCCGACGACGACCUGGGCGCGCACGACGAGGCGGCGGACGAUGUACCGCCGCCGGAGUCGGGCCACCCGGAGCCGGAGCCGGGGUGCGGCGCCAGUCCCGACCGGCGCUGGCGGAGGAAGGGACAGCCGCGCCGGCCGCCGCCGCCUCCGCCACCGGCCGCCGCCAAAGGCAGAGCAUGUGACGAUGUCGCUGUCGCUGAAGCAGAUGCGCAUUUGCAGUCUUUUCUCGACGAAAUGCUCUCCAACGAGGACCUGCAGACGCGGAUAGCGGACAACAUCAACCGCGCCGUGUCGUCGGCACAGAAGGAGCCCAAUCUGGACGAGGCCAUCAGGAAGAUGGUCGACCAGACGACGGCCGACCCCUCCUUCUGCCAGGCACUCAGAGGGUCCGGCGAUGGAGCGGCGCUGCCUGCCGAGGAGGCGCCGACCUGCCCGCCACCGCGGCGCGUUCACUUUGCUGACGACCUGUCCGGUCCGUCUGCCUCCGGCGACGCGCCGUCGAUCGUGUUCGACACGGGUCUGACGGCGAACGUGGCCCAGGUGAGCGACACGGAGGUGCACCUGCUCGGCGUCAAGGUCAGCUCGCCCACCUCGCAGCGGUCGGUGCCGGGCGUGCCGCGUCUCGGACCGGGUGUCGUGCUGCCGGCGAAUGUGGCCGACGGCCUGAGCUGGUGCACAAAGCCGCCGGCCGCUGCCCCACGCCCGUGGCGUUUCUCUCCGCCGUCGGAGCCGGCGCCGCCGCCAGUGCAGAAGCCGCCGCCGGAGCGAGCGUCGGAGCCGGCACCGGAGGAGCCCUCCACCGAGUCGGAGCCGGUGUCGGUGUCGUUGUCUGGGGAGGAGCCGGACACGGAGCCGGACCCCGACUUGAUGUCGGAUUCGGGCUCGGAGUCUGGGGCGGAGAAGGCAGAGAAGGUGGCAGAGCCCGCGAAACCGGCGACCGGGCGGCCGAAGCGUUCUGCGAAAGGAGCUGGUGAGCCGGCGAAGAGCGAAGGAGCUGGCGAUCGAGCAAAGGCUGACGCCAGCGCUCCAGCUAAGGACGGCGGCGCUGAUGAUCCAUCGAAGAGCGGCGGCGCUGCUGACUCAGCGAAGGGUGGUGGCGCUGGCGAUUCGGCGAAGGGCGCUGCCGCCGACUCGGCGCCGCGCUCCAGCUUGCUGGUGCAGCAGCAGGGCAGCACGUGUCCGCCGCCGUCCACGCGGCCCAGCUUUGGGUUCAUGGUUGGCGAGGUGGGCGGCGUGCCGCUGCACGCCUACACCAUGUUCGGCAAGCCGAUGAGCAGGUCGCACUACGCCGCCAUGCGGAAAGAAUCGGUCAAGCGCUCCGAUGAGCAGAAGCGUCUUGCCGAAGAGUUGAAAAAGGCGGAAGAGUUGAAAAAGGCGGAAGAAUCAAAAGGAGCGAGCGGUGGUGAUCCGGAGGAUGGUGGACCGGCGUCAGACAAGAGUCCCGCUACUGCGCCAGCUGGCUCGCCAGCAGCUAACAAGAGCCCAGCCGAGGCACCGGCCAAGUCGCCAGCUUCUAGCAAAAGCCCCACCGCGAGCAAAAGCCCCACUGGGAGCAAGAGCCCCACUGCGAGCAAAAGCCCCACUGCGAGCAAAAGUCCUACCGCUGCGUCAUCCGCGUCGCCCGCGUCGAGCAAGAGUCCCGCCGCUGCCCCGGCCACGCCGCCAGCGUCGGCUGGCCAUAUGCCCAGCAUGCCGCUGACGGGCACUCCGUCGCCGGCGCCCAGCGAGCCUGUGCUGCCCGACCUGACUCCGAGCCCAAUGCCGAGCGAGCCGGCGCCAGCGGACACCCCCUCGCCGCCGUCCUCCCCGGGCCCGGCGAACGACGACGCGCCGUCUCCCGGCCAGUCGUCAGACGCCGCUUCCCCUCCCAUUGCGGGAGCGCCUGCUCUGCCGGCCACCGAGUCUCCGCCGGCGGCGGCUGAUGACGCGGCUCCCAGCGGGACGGCGGCGGCGGCGCCUCCCUCCGAUCCGGCGCCCGGCUCGCCGUCUCCGGGACCGUCCCAGCAGCGUCCGGUCAUCAGUCCGCGGCUCGCCAGCCUGCUCAAGAUCGUGGCCUCCUCGUCGGCGGAGCGUGCCUCGGUGGCGGCCCCCUCGACGCAGCCGCGCGGCCGGCCGAGCCCGACGCGCGCCGGCCGCCGGCAGAGCGCCAGCACGCCGCGCCGGCGCAGCCAUGUGCGCGCGCUCGACUUCAGCACACCGCCGCGGCAGCAGCGACUUGACCUGCGUCACCUGAAGGCCAUCCGUCGCCGGCUGAAGGGAUCGCCAGACCUGCCCACCUUGGCAGAGACCUCUGGCAGCGCGACGCCGCCUGCCGCUCCGACACCGGCACCGGCGGAGUCGGAGUCAGCGCCCGCUCCCCCGCCACCGAGCCCGCGGCGCCGCAGCGGCGGACCGCGCCGCCUGGCGCCCACUCGACUCUCAGACCGCGUGAGCUCAGCGUCGGCCUUCGAGCUGGAGCUGGUUACGCCGGACAAGGCGGGCGGCGGUGUGCGCGUGGAAGACUGGCCCCCGAUACAGACACCGACCGUGCGCCGGCGGCCCUCUGAGAGCUCGCCGAGCGGACAGCCGCGGCCCGCGGCGGGCGCACCAGCGCCGCCGGCCGCUGAAGGGUCCCCCGCCUCUCCCCGCACGGCGUCACCGGGCACGCCGCGCACCCCACGCACGCCACGCACGCCGCCCUCGCUGGGCCAGCCGCGGCCGGUGGGGCCGACGCGGCGCCAGCUCGGUGAGGAGAUUGAGCGGCAGCUGGAGGCGCGCUUCCCGGCCAUUUCGCCGGCCAGAGCAGGCCCCGAGCCACCGCCGACCGCCUCACCGGCGCCGCCGCCCGCGCCAGACGAGCCGGAGCCGACCGCGCCAGACGAGCUGGAGCCGACCGCGCCAGACGAACCGGAGCCGACCGCGCCAGACGAGCUGGAGCCGACCGCGCCAGAGUCGCCCGAAGCACCGCCGAGCGAACCGGCGCCGGCCUCUCCCCCGAUCUUCGCUCGUUCCCCGCCCUCCGCAGGCAAGGCUGCGGCAGCGGCGUCUGUUCUUGCCAAAAAGAAACGCUGGAUACCCUCCAUCGCGGCCUCAUCGCCUGCGGAGCGUCGGAUAACGCGAGCUGCCGUGCGACGCAUGGAGCGCCAGAAAGCCUUGAAGAGGGCAGAAGCCAUAAAGAACGCCGGGAAAAGCCCCAAGCGAACUGCGGCACCUACAAAAAAUACGCAACAGUCUAAAAGUCCAGUAAAAACGGAAGAAAAUAUCGAUAAGGCUUGUGAAGAUCCGGCUGAUGCGAAAUCUGCAUCACCAGCUAAACCAGCCUCGCCAGCAAAAUCCUCAUCACCAACGAAACCGCCAUCACGUGAAAAACCAUCUUCACCGAUUAAACCAUCGUCACCAGUGAAGCCAGCACCUUCGGGAUCCGCGCCGUCCACCCAGGCACCUGAACUAGCAACGCCGACGACUAGUGGCACUAGUGUCAAGCAAGUCCCGCACUUGCUGUUAAUGCAUCAUGGAGGGGGCGACCCCAAGGCGCCUGGAUCCGCGCCUCGAAUGUUCUGGGUUCCUGUGGUCACUAUCUCUGGCUCCUCUGUCAGCUCGGCCGCCGUGACGGCUACAUCGGGGGCUGCCGCUGCGGCCUGCGUGCCUACUGCGCCCCCCUCGACGGCCGCCACCACCAUGGUCGCCGCGCCGGCGGGGGCGGCCACUGUCACAGGCGUCUCCGGGUCUGCCGGUGGACGGUGGGCCUCUCCAGCCGUCUUACAAAGAUCAGUGUCCGAUGUCUCUAGCCAGCAGGUACUGCCUGCAGCCUUACAGAGCGCCGCGAACGGACGGAAGUCUCCCCGGAAGAGCCCGCCGCGAAAGCGUGUCGCCCGCGAGGGGGACGUUGCGGUCACCCAGACGCCGAUCCUGCAGCACACCGCCGGGAACCCGGACCAGAAGUCAGCGACGCUCCUAGGUUCGGCGCCAUCUGCCACUCCGUCACAACCGGGCACAGUUGCUCCUCCGUUGGAUCCGAGCGGUGCCCAGGGACUGGCGGGUCAGAACCUAUCCCGUAGCUCGCUCAGCGGUAGCGCAGCGUCGGACAGUUCUAGCAGCUCCUCUUCGGACGGCUCGGACUCGUCUAACUCGAUCUCCUCUUCGUCAUCGUCAUCGUCUUCCGGCUCCUCGAGUUCGUCGGAGGAUUCCUCGGACUCACCGGACGACACAUAUGUCCCUCCCCUGCGUGCGAACAGCUACCCGGGCGCGGAGGGCGGCCAGCCAACCGAGGUGUCGCGCUCGCCAAAGAAGCGAUCACCAGCGAAGAGGCUAGCAUCAGCCGCUAGACGGUCACCGCUGAAGGGUGAAACGCCGGCAAAGAAAAAGUCACCGGCCAAGUCUCGAACCCCCGCAAAGCAGCAGUCUCUUGUGAAGCAGACAAAAUUAGCGAGGCGAAGGACGCCGUUGAAGCGUCAGCCACCGGCGAAAAAGGGGUCACCUGCGGCGAAGCCUGACUCUAAGCGACGCCGAGAAACUCGGCCGCUGCCCUCUAGCUCAGACGAAUCUGAGGAUGAAGUAGAAGACACUCUGGAGUCGGUGGCUAGGGAGAUGGGUUUGAGCUGGGGACUGGAGAGCGUCCCUUACGAGUCUUCGACUGAUGAGGACCCAAUCGAGGAGCGGCCCAUCAUACCUGCCGAUUCGCCGGCAGUGACGGUCAGUUCUGCCGUCAGCGUGGUCACCACUGCACCCUCGGUCAGUGCCGCCCCAGUGGACGGGACGGCGGUGUCUGUGACCGCCCCCUCCGCAGUCCCUGCGGACUGUGAAGUCGGCGUCACAGAGACACUGGUGGACAGUGACGGCGAGGUGGUGGUGGACGUGCACGUGGACCCGUCGGUGUCGUCGGGCAGUGACGCGCCCGCCGCCGAGCCGACUGCUGCCGCGGACAGCGGCGGCGACUCCGACUCUGAGCUGGACGUCGGCACCGAGCCCGUCGUCGACACGACCAUGGUCGCCGUGCGUCCCGACAGUAGUAGCAGUGGGAGCUCCUUGGACGAGACGGUGGUCGUCGACUCUCCCAACCCGCCUGCGUCCGUCUCCAACCCCGGCGUCGACCCAGCGGAGCCGGCCCGCCCGACGCAGGCCGAGAUGCUCCGCAAGGCCGGCCUUCCGCCCGCCAGUGAGGACAGCAGCGACGCGGGCGCCGUGUCGGCGGCCGUCGCCGCUGCCGCCUCGCCGCUGGCCUCCAGCGUGACGACCGCCUCGCCGGGCCUGGGUCGUCUGGUGAUCGAGACGGACGACACGGACGGAGCCGCUACACCGCUGGAUGGCGGGCGGUCCGAGCGGGCAGCGUGCUCACCGGAGGCGGCGCCGGAGGCCGCUGGGCCCGACCACCUGGAGAUGCUGCCGGAGGACUCCCUGAUGGCCGCGCUGCGGGAUGUCCACAGUCAGGACGAGCCGGACACACAGCCGACAGACUUUCCUCGGGCAGGCCUUGGCCGGGGUCAACCCAAGCGAAGCAUGGCCGGUGCUCGAGACAGGAAGUCGUCAGUCUCCGCCGCUGCAGAAAUAGAUGAUUCGCCGGUGCUGGGAAGGAGCGGCAAAACCAGACCGCAGAGCCCUGGUCGACGGGGACAAUUGGACCGAAAUCGGUCGGACUCGGGCCGUGCCAGCUCAAAGUCGGACCGUGAUGCCGCAAAACCAGGCCGAGAUGGCUCAAAAUCAAGUCGUGAUGACCCUAAGUCUGGUCGUGAUGGGUCUAAGUCGGGCCGCGCUGCUUCAAAGUCGGAUCGUCCCGCUUCAGAGUCGGACCGUGGUCGGUCAAAGUCGAGCCGUGAUAAAUCAAAUUCUGAUCGCGCCGGCUCAAAGUCUGACCGUCCUAGCUCAGAAUCGGACCGUGAUCGGUCGAAAUCGGACCGUGAUCAGUCGAAGUCGGAUCGUCCUGCCUCAAAGUCUGACCGCCCUGGCUCAGAAUCGGACCGUGAUCGGUCGAAAUCGGACCGUGAUCAGUCGAAGUCGGAUCGUGCUGUGUCAAAGUCUGACCGUCCUGGCUCAGAAUCGGACCGUGAUCGGUCGAAAUCGGACCGUGAUCAGUCGAAGUCGGAUCGUGCUGUGUCAAAGUCUGACCGUCCUGGCUCAGAAUCGGACCGUGAUCGGUCGAAGUCGGACCGUGGUGGCUCAAAGUCAGACCGUGAUCGCUCGAAAUCAGACUGUGAUCAAAAGAAGUCAGACCGUGAUGGUGCAAGGUCGGGCAGUGAUGGAAAACCUAAGUCUGUGGCGAGUACCGUGAUGUCCGAUGCAGAUAGAAAACGGAAAGCGCCGCUCCGCACCGAAGACCGUGAGAAAGGUAGUGACAGAAAACCCAGUGGGAACAGGAGCCGUGACAGUGAUGUGAAGAGUGAAAGUAAAGAAGAAGGAAGAAAGAAGCAAGGCAAUAGACUUGAUGACGACCAAAAAGGGAAGAUAGAUGUCGGUAGUACAGGGAAGAACAACCACGGAAAUGAUGGCGAAGCUGGCCGAAGUAGACCUAACGGGCGGGAUGGUGACCGAACCACUAUCUCCAGAAGUGACCAGGGCAGAGCUGGUGGCGGUGACAUGACGAACGGCAGAGAAACGGGGAAGGUUGACACCGACCACCAGAGACGGCCUGACCCGCCGACCAGCCAUACGGGGUCUAUCCCUCAGGCAAGUGCCGCCCGACCGCCAGCGGUUGAGGCUCCGGCGACCCAGACGGCCGCUCCCUCCGCUGGGCGCCCCUCGGUCCGCGCCCAGCCGCCUCCUCCGGCGGCUCCGGAGCCGGAGGAGUCGGAGGAAGACACUGAGGAGGAGGACGACCCGAUGAGCCGGCUGACCAUCUCGCCGUACUAUGUGCUGGUGGACCUGCCUCCGCCGGGCGGCUGGGGCGACGACGUGGACGCCGGCGAGUUCCUGGCCCAGCUGGAGCGGCGCCGAUCGGCCGGCCGGCGCUCCGCGGACGGCGAGAGGCAGCAGCCGCUCUCCUUCAAAGGAGUGCUGCAAAAGACGGCUGUAAGUACGUCUUCUGACCUGAUGGACAACGCCUUGGGUGUGGGCAACCCCAGUCCAGCGAGAGUCCGCGGCGGGCCGCCCCCGGCCGCUCCUGUCCCCGGCGACAAGAGUCUGACGUCAGUCAAACGCAGUCUCAGCACGCAGCUGGACGGGACGCCGUCCUCAGCCGCGGCGCCGGCCGGCGCGCCGCCGACAUCCUCCGCAGGGGUGUCGACAGUGCACCGCUGGGUGCGCCGCGACUCUGGCGGCGCCGGCGACGGGCCCGAUCGCAGGAAAAGCUUCGAGCUGGACCGGCCCAGGACGCAGUCGACCGGGGAGGGACGUACGGAGGGUGACGGCAGCGGCGAGAGACCAGCGCCGUCCAGAAGCGAUGGGAGGAGAGACGACAGUCGCACCGACAAGGCGCCGGGCCAGGCAGGCAAAAGUCGCCGCCCCGUACCGACAGAAGAUGUGGGAAAUCACCAGACAGCGCUGGUGGAGGGAUGGAGUAAGCAGAAGCAGAACCCCGACCGUACUCGGGAGUCCUCGACUGAGGAAGGGGAGCUGGACAGCGGCCGUGGGGGACCGCCUUCUUCCGCCAGAGAGCGAGGGAGACCUGACUCGGGCGGCGACCGGCCCGGACGGAGACACAGUGGCGGUGGCCGCCGGAACAGCAGGAGUGACACGUCGCCCGAGCGGUCGGGCAGACCCGCUGACGGACCUGGUAGGCCACGCCGGCCGCCGGGCGACGGCGCGCGGCGUGGAGACUGGGCUGGCGGUGACGGUCCCCACGUCAGAGCUACUGACCGGAGGCGGCGACACAGCAGUGGCAGCGGCAGUCAGGGUCACAGGAGCGUGGACAGUGGCAGUGAGCUGAGCGAUAACAGGACGGGGCGGUACCGCCGGGACGGAGCGCGGACAAUGGACGCUCACCGGAGGGGACGGGACGGGGAGGAGGCCGACAGGCGGCGAGGUCCGCCCGCCAGUGCCGACAGGGGAGGCUCGAGUGUGUUCUCUCGGUUGGGUAACAAGAGGCAGGGCGGCAGGGAUUUCGAGCGGACCAACGGCCGGGGUGAGUUUGACGAGCGUUCCACCCGCGGGCCGGCUGAUCACAGGGCGGCGAACGGCGCCGGUCGGAGCGACGCAAAGCGUCGAAAGGACCGGGCUGCACAGGGCGACGGUGACUCUGGUGACGCCUUUAGAGACGACCGGUGGCACUGGAGCAGAAACCCGCGUGAUCAGAGGACGGGUGGCACUCCUGACGACGGCGAGCCGGACCGCGGCGGGCGUAAAGGUCAGCGCUCGGACGAAGAUCGUGAGAGACCGAGGAAGACCAGCCGUGCUGACGAGUCGGCCGUGUCGUCCCACAGCCGGAGGGAGAAGGGUGCCAAGGAGAACCGUGAGAAGAGCGGAGGGCAGCGCGGGGAGCCGGACGAGGGCAGUCGCGCCGGCCGUCCUCGACAGAGUGCGCCAGAGGGAGGCGCCAGGGACUCGGCGGCGUCUCGGGGGAAGAGGGUUCGCCACGACUCCGGAUCUUCGGACCAGGAGUCCAAUGAUUCCAAGCGCAAGCGCGCUUCGUCCGGAAUUGAUGCCAGGAAACUGCUGGGAAACUGCAACAUCGCAUCAUUCCUGGAUAAGAUACAUCAUUAGAGUGUCAGUUUACUGGCGGGGAGAGGCCACUUUCUGGUAGAAUUCCGUAGUAGCUUUCUUCGAGAAGGACCAACGCACCCAGUGUUCACUCACAUCCAGUGGUUUUAACCGUGCGCAGUCAAAUAGUGUGGGGCAUAUCAGUGUGCGAUUGUAAACAUAGAAACAGUGUCCUGGGCAUAGCUGUCGCCUCGUACAAACGUGAAGUGUUAUCGUUGAAAUGAAGUGUACAGCGUCAUCCUGUUUUAUAUGUCAUCGCUCUCAGCUCAUUGCUUCCUCGUCGGGGCGAUCACGCGGUUAUGUCCCGUCUUCAGUGCCUUCUCGACUUCGACGAUGCUACAUGUACCGAGUUUGUGAGCUAGUGCCACUGUCUCCAAUUGUAUGUUCGUCUGCCGUCAGUCAUUAGUGCGAUGGGUGUGUUGCUACCAGAUCUCGCUUGUCUAAUACAAGUUUAUGCAUCUCUU